AUGACUCCGAUUGUCACCAACAAGCUCACCUUCAUCUCCAGGGACCUCGGCAUAGACGUAGAGCUUCUUCUCACCUUCGAUGAUCAGCCUGUCGUUGGGAUGUACAAGGAUUAUUACCCUUCGGCUUUUGAACUUGCGUUCUCCAAGGCUGUUGUUUCUGACGAUGUAAUCCAAAGUGCCUCCACUGUGGUUCCCAUUAAUGUUGGGCAAUAUACCAUUUUAACCCUGGGAAAUGACAUAUACCAUCUCUCCGAUCCCAAAACCGACCCCUCAGUGCCGAAGAAAAGUAUUCAAUGCACAAACAACGCACCAUUCAGGGAGGAUAUAGGCGUUGGUUUCAUCGAACGGGACGGGGGCAUGCCAAAGACGGCUCUAGUUUGGCGCGGCAUAGGGCAUGGGCAGACGUUGAACGCAGAGUUCAAGCCGGUCCUACGCGGGUAUAUUAAUACAGACCUCUACCGUGAGGAUGACUUGAUCAAGCGCGCAAUUCAGCAUGACCGCCUUUUCGACAAAGACCUCACUGCUCUCGACAGGCGUACCACGUGGGUCAUCACAUAUGAUAAGUCCCAAGGAGUCUUUAGCAUCGAUGAAGAGAUAAAGAGCGAGGUUCAAGAGCUACGAUGA